UUUCAGCCCGACAUUCCUCAGGCACAACACGCCAGGCACGACACCAAGACCAAAGUUAGAGUGCGGCUCGGCUGAGCGACGGAAUAAGCCAUCUCACUGCGCCGUGGUCCCGGUUCAUUUGGACGGACGGACGGGAGAUUGAAGCUGACUUUGCACUUUGUUCAUCCCUGGCACAGUACCGAAAAAUAGUCACUACGUGUAGUUCUUACCGAGUUGCUCAAUCGCGACAGGAGGGCUCAGGUGAGUGAGCAUAGUUCAGAUGAGCGAAUCAGCUGCCCUGUACAUGUAUCAGAUAUCAUGUCAUAUGGGGAGAGUCGGUCGCUGCGGACUGCGGACUGCGGUUGUGGGAGAUGAAAACGUUCUGGCAGCAGUAAGAUCUGCGCCUGUGUUACUGCGGUUCCGUCGUUUUCCAUGAACCGCUGUGGAUUUUUCUGUAUCGAUUAUGUUGGCGGGGUGUGAUAUGGUACAUGCCUUUUUUUUUCUUUCUCUUUUCUUCCGUCAUUGCCUUGUCAGACUAUCAGAGGGGAGGUGAUAACGAGGGAAAUGAAGGGGAAAUCUAUCUUCCCAUCUUUUCCUCUCCGUUCCUAGGUCCCGAAGCGGAUAUCUGAACGUAGCUGAGACAUAGGCAUGUGCUCCUAUAAAUGUCCGACUCUCGCCCCUUCUGUUUUAUCUCACCAUCCAGGCCAUCUGCUCCGUUCUUUCUCCUCUCUCUAACCUCUAUUCUCGUACAUUUUGUGGUCUGAUAACCUCUGGUUUCGGUUGAAUUGUUAAACAUGUACUCGCGACUGCUCAAGGGAUUCCUCGCUGUACUUCUCGUUACGACUGUGGCUGGAGCGCCCGCUUCAAAUGGGAGGGUGCGUGCACGGCAAUCGUGCCCUGAUCUAUUACAACGAAGAGCUUGGUGAGUCCCACCUCAAUUAUUCACCGACAGAGAUUUGCGCUAACAAUUGUGCAGGCACACACUCACCGACGACCAGAAAAGAGAGUACAUAAGCGCAGAACUCUGUCUGAUGAGAACCAACAGCACAACCGGUCUCCCAGAAACGCGAACCCUCUUUGACGACCUACUCGCCGUACACCAGACUCAAUCUAUGAACGUGCAUGGCGAUGGCUGGUUCCUACCAUUCCAUAGGUUACUCAUGCAUGCUCAUGAGACGCUACUGCGCACCAAGUGCGGGUAUACCGGGAGCCAACCGUAACUCUGCCCCCCACCCCCCCCCUACCGGCAGUAUCUAACGAUGUAUUAGAUACUGGGAUGAAGCCCACGAAGCCGGCCAGUUCACUCUUUCUCCCGUCUUCCGCGCGGAUGACACUGGUUUCGGAGGUGACGGUGUCUUUCAGGAUGGUGAUACAGACCCUAUACGAAAGUGUAUCCGCGACGGCCCGUUCGCUAGUUACAAGCUACAUAACGGCCCGGGAUACUCAAACACGGAGCACUGCAUCAAUCGCGCCAUCAGUGAUCCCUACAGUCUCUUGUCCUCUCAGGUCAACAUAGAUUAUUGCUUAGAAAAGCCGAAUUUCCGGGAAGCGUGGCCAUGCAUCGAGGCGAACCCGCACAAGGGUGGUCAUGCCGGUGUUGGAGGGGAGAUGGUAGGCUCUAUCAAUCGAAAGUUCAGUUGGGGAUGGUGCUAUGGUGCUAAUUCGUGAUGGACGAACAGGAUAAUGCCAUUUCGUCACCUGGGGAUCCAUUGUUCUACCUGCACCACACAUUCCUGGACCGCGUGUGGUGGCAGUGGCAGGAGAGAGAUUUACUGAAUAGGUCUCGUGAUAUCGCUGGGUAUACCACGGGAUCCGAACCUGCGGGCGGUUGGGUUCUUGCGACACUGGACGACGAACUAGAUAUGAAGGGUGUGAUCCCCAACGAGCGGAUUAGAGACAUCAUGGAUAUUAGAGGAGGCGCGCUUUGCUACGAGUACAUCUGAGGCGCCAAUUUACGGGCACGAUGUGGUAUGGUUAAGCAAUGCGAUAUGUAAUGGAGGUGGGAUGGUACUUCCGCCGUAUGUAUUUGUAAUAGAAUAGACUUUAUUUGUUUGUUUGUUUCCUUUUUUGCACGAAUACAGGGUUUUAUGGGACUCCCUUACAUGCAGGAGUUUGGGACGGGUGGAGUGAGGUUUUCUCAGAAUUAAGUGAUAUAAAAUGACAUGUGGAAGAGACAAACCACUAUUCUGAUAGUUGCUUACUGUUGCUCGGUGAAGCCUAGUGAACCCUCCCUCAAAUGACCCUAGGUGUUCAAUCAAUCUCGGAAACCCCUAUUCCCAGAUGGGUGAAAAGUCUGAUGAAUCCCCAUGUCGCCAAUCUAUCUACU